AUGGGCAACUUCUCAGUCAUCACAGAAUUCUUCCUCAUGGAGUUUUCCAGCAUGAGGGAGCUGCAGGUCCUACAUGCUCUGCUGUUCCUGCUCAUUUACCUGGCUGCCCUGAUGGGAAAUCUUCUCACUAUUGCUGCCAUUAUUACUGAGCCACACCUUCACUGCCCCAUGUAUUUUUUCCUGAGCAACUUAUCCCUCCUGGAUAUCUGCACCAUCUCAGUCACGCUUCCUAAAUUCAUUGUGAAUUUCUUCUCUGGCACUCAGUCCCUGUCCCUCCUUGACUCUGCUGCUCAGAUCAUCUUCUUUCUCUUUUUUUCAGCAACAGAGCUUGCUUUGCUUGUGGCCAUGUCCUAUGACCGAUUUGUAGCCAUCUGCCACCCCCUACACUAUGGCAUCAUCAUGACGCCGGCACGGUGUGUCUGGGCAGCAGCUGGCUCAUGGCUCAGUGGGCUUAUCUAUUCAGCUCUCCACACUGGGAACAUGUUCCGCCUGCCCUUCUCAGGACCCAUUGUGAUCCACCAGUUUUUCUGUGAUGUCCCUCAUGUCUUGAAAAUCUCAGCCUCUGAUGCAUUUCAUAUUGAGUUUGUAUUGAUUGUAGCAAGUUCAUGUUUUUUGCUAUGCUGCUUUGCCUUUUUAAUUGCAUCAUAUGUUCGCAUCAUUUCCAGUGUGCUCAGGAUUCCUUCUGUGGAAGGACGCCACAAGGCCAUUUCAACCUGCUCCCCUCAGUUGGCAAUCCUUAUGUUGUUUCUCAUUUCUGCAGUGACUGCAGUCCUCAAGGACACAUCAGACACAUCACCUAUUGAAAACCUCUUAAUUGCAAUGACCUAUACAAUACUGUCCCCAUUUAUGAACCCCAUCAUGCACAGCCUGAGGAACCAGAAUGUAAUAGUUGCCAUGGUGCAGUGCAGGCUGCACCCUGGAAAGCCAGCAGUGGGCUGUGGGAGUGGCUACACUGUUCCUAGUUGCACAGCUCAGGUCUGCUUCCUUCUCUUCUUUGAAGCAGCAAAUUUUGCUUUGCUAAUGGCCAUGUGCUAUGCCUUUUUGGGUCCAUCUGUCACCCCCUACACCAUGGCAUCACCAUGUUGUCAGUACAUUGUCUUUGGGCAGCAGUUGGCCCGUAAUCUACAGACUGAGGAAUCAGAAAGUCACUGUUGCCAGUGGCAAGAUAAUUCAGAGGGCAUUUUUCCCAAGACAAAAUGUCCAUCCUUGAAAACAUAA